UCGUCCUCCAGGAAGGCUGAGUGGGAGGAGUUGGCUGAGGAGCCCGACUCUGUUGAGAGCCAUCAGGGCUGUCCAAACGUGAGGACGGCCAGGCUGCUGCUGGAAGGGCUCGUCGGGCUGUCACAGAGAGCCGAGAUGGCCAGAAACAUUGAACUCUUCCUGCCAGGCAUGAUGAAGAUCCUGCAAGUUGGCAGCGAAGACGCCCAGAUGAAGAUCCUGCUGGCCUUGCAAAACGUUCUGCCUCAGCUGAAGAAGACCAAGGCCAGCUUCAUCGCUGUGCAGCUUGUGGGGAGGCUCCUGCCCCUCUUUGACUCGGAGUGCAGCGAGCUGCGAGAGCUGUCCAUCCGCAUGCUGACGGAGCUGCUGCAGUUGGUGGUGGGCAGGGAUGAGAAGAGGAUGAGGAAGGAGGUGUGGUGGGCACUGGUGCCUCUCCUCUUCCGCAUGAGCGACCAGGUCCCCAGCGUGGCCAAGGCCUCCAGGGAAGCCCUUCUUGCUGCCGCCGAGCUGCUGAAGUGGAAGACGCUCAAGCACCUGCUGCAGAGAGAGCGGCUGUGGGAGCUUGGAGCGUGCUUGCUGCAGAACAGCAGGAACAGGGCUGAAGACUUCAUCCACCAGAGCCUGCCCUACCUGCAGGACCCUCAGGCCAACGUGCACCUGGCGGCCGUCAGGUUCAUCGGACUCAUCACAUGGCGCCUGAGGGAGCAGACCACGGACAGUCAGGCUGACAUCCUGAGCGCCCUUCAGCCCUUGGAGAAAGACUGGGACAUCUCUGUCAGCUCCCUGGCAGUUCGGACAACCUCCAUUCUGAGGAGUCCUUGCGUGCAGCAAAGACCAAGAGGCCUCCUGCGAGCACUGCGCUGCUGCUGGCCGUGA